AUGUCCAACAUGAUUACGAUGAAUCGCAUGAAAAGAAUAAUUGUCAGUCUAUCACAAAAUAUUUCUAAACGUCGUUCUUAUGCUAAAUAUCCUAAUCCAUUUACAAGAACAUGGGGUCUUAUAAGCGAAGAGGUUAAGUCAGGCUUUAAGGAAAGAUCUUUUACCUACCCUGAACACACAGAUGUUGUUAUAGUUGGUGGUGGUUUUAUAGGUUUGUCUGUAGCUUAUUGGCUGAAAAUUAGAGCAGGAGAUGGACUUUCAGUUGUCGUUUUGGAAAAAGACCCUGCACUAGUAAAUUCUCAUAAUACAUUUUCACAUGGAGUGAUUACUCAACAUUUUUCAUUGCCUGAAAAUAUUUUCCUAUCACAAUACAGUGCAGAUUUUUUACGAAAUAUAAAUGAUCAUUUUAAAGACAAUGUUGAUGUAAAAUUCUGUCCACAUGGUACCUUAUUGCUAGCUAGUGAAAAAUAUGCCGAUAAACUAGAACACAAUGUUAUUUUGCAAAAAGAACAUGGCAUAAGAAAUACGUUAUUAACAGUAGAAGAAAUUCAGAGUAGAUAUCCAUGGGUUAACACAUCUGGUAUUAAAUUAGGUUGCAUUAGUACAGAAACUGAAGGUGUUUUUGAUGCACAAGCAUUACUUAGAGCAUUAAUUAAAAAGACACAAGAACAAGGAACAAUGUAUUUGAAUGCAGAAGUAGUUGGAUUUAAAAUGGAUGCUCAACGUGAUGUAUUAAUGGAAGGAGUAACUCCAGGGACAUUUGAAAAAAUCAAUAGGUUACUGUACAAAACUGAGGACAAUGAAGAAAUUGCAUUAAAGUUUGCUGCCUGUGUUAUUGCAGCUGGCUCUGAAUCUACUAAUCUAGCUAAAUUAGCCAAGAUAGGGACUGGUGGUGGUUUAUUAACAGUUCCUUUACCAAUUGAAAAAAGAGAGUAUAAUGUUUAUUCUAUAGAAAAUAAAAUGUCAUUUGGACUUGAUUUUCCAUUUAUAAUGGAUACAAGUGGUUUAUGGUUAAGAAGAAAUGGUUUACAAAGUAACUUAAUAAGUGGACAGAUUCCAUCUCUUGAUAAAAAUCUUGAUAUAUUAAAUAAAGAAAUUUUUAAUAGCAGCUUAUAUAAUAGGUUUCCAGACAGUCAAAAUACAAAGGUAAAAGUAAUAGCAACUGAAUAUACUGACUGUAAUACCUAUGAUGAUACUGGCAUAUUAGGACCUCAUCCAUAUCAUACUAAUUUGUUUUUUGCUACAGGAUUUGGCCGACAAGGUGUUCAUCAUACACCAGCCAUAGGUAAAGCUGUAGCAGAAUUAAUUAUUGACUGCCAGUACACAACUAUUGAUUUAACAAGAUUUGGAUUUGAUAGAUUAUUAAUUGAUGAACCUUUAAUAGAAUCUAAUGUAUAU